AGAUGGAGACCCCUGUGAAUCUGACUGCCUCUUAUCUCAGGGAAAGAAGCAGAGAUUAAGGCUGUGGGAGAGGAAGCGUUUAGCGCGCUCAUCUCCAUUUCCCAGUUUGCUUCGGUUCCUUUCUUGGAACCUCCAGGGAGAGAGAGAGAGGGGUAGGGGGGUGUGUGUGUGUGUAUGUGUGUGUUUGUAUGAUGAAACACCAGUGUGUGUGUGUGUGAUGAAAUAUCAGAAAAAAGGAAGCAAGCCAGAGGAGGACAGCCAGAGCAGAAGCCAGCCUGAAAGAUUUCAGGUCGGGAGGAUCGAGGCCAGCUUGGGCCUUUGACGCUGCCUGCUUGCUGGAACAGGCCAAGUGGUGCACCGGAUGUGAAUGCUGCAGGAUUGAUGGAGCUCUGAGGGAAGAAGAAGGCAUCCCGGACCAGUGGGAGGCCCCGGAGAUCCCACCAUGGAAGUGCCCAGCAUUAAAGACUUCCACUGGAAGACCCUCGCCCCCCUCCCCAGCCGGAGGGUCUACUCCUCCCUCGUCGAGGCCGGGGGAAAAGUGUACGCCAUUGGGGGUUGCGAUGACAAUGGGUACCCCAUAGACUGUUUUGAAGUCUACUCUCCCGAGGCAGAUCAGUGGACUGCCCUGCCCCCUAUGCCCACAGCCCGGGCUGGGGUGGCUGUCACAGCUCUGGGGAAACGGAUCAUGGUGAUAGGGGGGGUGGGGGCCAACCAGCUGCCCCUGAGGAUCGUGGAGAUGUACAACAUCGAUGAAGGCAAAUGGAAGAAGAGGAGCCUGCUGCGGGAAGCUGCCAUGGGCAUCUCAGUCACUGCCAAAGAUUACCGUGUGUACGCAGCCGGUGGGAUGGGACUGGAUCUCCGUCCACAUAACUACCUGCAGCACUAUGACAUGCUCAAAGACAUGUGGGUGUCUCUGGCGCCCAUGCCCACGCCGAGGUAUGCUGCCACCUCCUUCCUCCGUGGAACCAAGAUCUAUGUGCUGGGGGGAAGACAGUCAAAAUAUGCUGUGAAUGCUUUUGAAGUCUUUGACAUCGAGACUCGUUCCUGGACCAAGUUUCCCAAUAUCCCUUGCAAGAGGGCCUUCUCCAGUUUCGUCACUCUCGACAACCACCUAUAUAGCCUGGGAGGCCUGAGGCAGGGAAGGCUCUACCGACAGCCCAAGUUCAUGAAGACAGUGGAUGUGUUUGACAUGGAACAGGGAGGCUGGAUGAAGAUGGAACGCUCCUUCUUCCUAAAGAAGCGUAGAGCGGACUUUGUGGCCGGCUCCCUGAAAGGAAGAGUCAUCGUGGCUGGGGGGCUAGGCAACCAACCUACGGUCCUGGAGACGGCAGAAGCAUUCCACCCUGGCAAGAACAAGUGGGAGAGCCUGCCAGCCAUGCCCACCCCACGCUGCGCCUGCUCCAGCAUCGUCAUCAAGGACUGCCUCCUGGCAGUGGGAGGGGUGAACCAGGGCCUGAGCGAUGCCGUGGAAGCCCUGUGCCUCUCGGACUCCUAGCCGGGCCUCGCCACAGGCCCCCGGUCCUCCCCCUCCUUCUGCAUCUGCCCCCUCGACUCCCUUGAGACAGUUCUCCUGCUGUUCAGUCUGCCUCUGGGGGAGGCUCAGCCCUGGAGAGCUGGGCAUUGCUGCCCUCCUUCCCUCCUUCCCAGAGCGUGGGCAGGGUCCUGGCCCCGUUGACCCAAAGGAAUCUCUUCCCCUGGCCUCUUCCUGGCCCUGAGGUCCCCUCCUCCUCUUCUCCCCAUCCUAUUGCCAGCCUAAGACCCCUCUUUUUCGUCACCUCUGGGAGCAGAGCUUGGAAAUGACCGCAGCCAAAUCUGGGGAGAGGGUGGUCUCCUCGGGCAGGGGAGAGAGCAUCUCUGCCAGUUCUGGGUCACUCUUACCAGAGAGUGGCCCAGCCUCUUUCAAGCUCUUGUCACCCUAAUCAGAACCUCCAAACCAGCUUCCGGGGUUCAUUAUCCAUGCUCCCUGCCCUCUCGUCCACCUCUCACCCACCAGAGGGGCUCUGUGAGGGUGUGGAUUUGGGGUGGAAAGUUUCCAUUUACACUGUGGCUUCAGAAUCCUCUCUGGAUGGAUUUAUUGCACUCUGGUUACUAGCAGCAGCACAAUUAAUAAAAUCUAUAUUCCUA